AUGCGCGCGCAGGUACCUGUCAGAGUUUACCUGCAGAGCAGGUGAGCGGCAGCAGGCAGGCUGGAUCCGCGCAGUUCUGAGGGAGUCGAACCCUCACCUGGAAAGAUGUACGUCAGUUACCUGCAGCUGGACAAGGAGCCCGCCAUGUACCCGCACCAGAACACGGUCACCCGCCACCCGGGCCUCAGCCUCAGCCCGCAGAACUUCUCCGUGCCAGGACCGCCGCAGUACUCGGACUUCCCCGGGUACCACCCCCACCACCUGGGCCUGGGGACAGACCCGCAGCAGGCCGGGCCGGGGGCCGGCUGGAGCCCGGCCUACCCGCCGCCCCCCGCGCCCGCCCGGGACGACUGGGCCUCCCAUCACUACGCCGCGGCGGUCGGAGGCCCCCCCGCGGCCCCCGGCCACAGCGGCCCUGUGGGGCCCACCCUGAGCUUCAGCCCCCCGGAGUUCCCCGGACAGCUGCCCGCCUCCCUCAACCCGUCCGCCGGACAGCUGUCCCCCGGAUCCCCGCGGAGGAGGAACCCGUACGACUGGAUCCGAACCUCGGCUCCGCCCGGAAACCCGA